AUGGCUGACAACACCCACUCUUUCGACGAGGUUAACGAGAAGGUCGAUGCCGGUGCCUCCACCACCUACCCCCAGCAGUGCUCUGCCCUGAGGAAGAACGGUCACGUUGUCAUCAAGGGCCGCCCUUGCAAGAUUGUCGAUAUGUCCACCUCCAAGACCGGAAAGCACGGUCACGCCAAGGUUCACCUGGUCGCACUCGACAUCUUCACCGGCAAGAAGCUUGAAGAUCUGUCCCCCUCCACCCACAACAUGGAUGUUCCCUUCGUCAAGCGUACCGAAUUCCAGCUUAUUGAUGUCACCGACGAUGGUUUCCUGUCCCUGAUGGACGAGAGCGGUGGUACUAAGGACGACGUCAAGGUCCCCGAGGGCGAGCUCGGUGACAAGAUCCAGCGCAUGUGGGACGAGGGCAAGGACUUGAACGUUAUUAUCCUCGCUGCCAUGGGUGAGGAGUGCGCCAUGGAUGUCAAGGAAGCGCCCAAGGGCAACUAA